AUGGAGGCGGGAAGAAGGACAGAGAUCCCAGCUGCUGCUCCUCCUCUGCUUGACUUUCCAGUGGACUUUCCUACAGGCGCCAGAGAAGGCAAGCUGACGGAAAUCCUCACACUUUCCAAGCAACUAAGAGUGUCACUAAGUGAUCACACACUAUACCUCACAGGAGGGUCAACGAGGCACCCGUUCGUGGCUUUGAUGUCCCAUCCUCUGGUGAUGGACUGUGAAAAGGAAAAGGCAAAGUUACGUAUCCGUGCUAAACCAUCUCUCUUUCAGCAUGUGGGAAUUUAUUCAUCAUUGGCUGGGAAGAUACAGAAUUUGAAAGAUAAAGAUUUUGGCAAAAAUGUGCUACAUAGAGCACAUAAUAAUCCACCUGCAAAAGUGGAUACAAGCCUAAGAACAUACCAGCAAUAUACCUUGGAAAAAUUUUAUACAGGAAAAGACUGUUUUUGGGCUUCAGCUCCAGUGGCAGGCGACUACAUCCGCUUCACCUUUUUAAAUCCACUAAAAGUUGAAAAGUACCUCUUCAGAAGUGGAAACAUGGAGCACCCUGGUGAUAAACUGUUUAACACUACCGUGGAAGUGUUGCCAGCUGAUGAAAUGCUAAGAAAAGAACUGGUUGACAAUGGAAGUAAAUUUAACUACCCAGCAACAAAAGAUGGAUAUUUAAAAAUAGGGGCUUUUGAAAAUGGAAUUGCAGAAGGCAGUAUCAAUCAGUCAAUAGGGAAAAUACAGGCUAUUCGUUUAUCAGUCAAUUCCGAUUCUCCUGUAUGGGCAAUACUUAGUGAGGUACUUAUCAAGACAUCUGAAAACUGA